AAACUGGCUGCCUUGGGCUAUAUGCCCAUUUUAUUUAUAGGCAAAAAAAGAAAAAAUUCAUGGAUCGCCAAUAUAAGUGCUGGAAUGGCACUGACUGAGGACACAAGACCUUUUGUUGAUGCCAUGAAAAAGGCAUAUGAGUAUAUACUUAAAAAGCAAGGUCCCCAGAUGUCUCAGCCCCAGCCCCAGCCUGACCAGCAUAUCCAACAGCAUAUCCCCACAACAGAGCCCCAGCCCCCAGAGUCUCUGGUCCACCAUCAGCCGCAGAUACAGCUCCAGGUCCUGACCCAGCCACAGCCCCAGCAAUUUCAGCCACGGACUGCCAAUUCAAACCCCAAUAAAAGAAAAAAGGAAAAGCGCACACAAGGGAGGAAACUCUUUGCUGGCCUCCGGAGAAGGAAGUGGAAGUCUAAGAAAGAUUCCAUCCAAACCCAGGAAGAAACCCAAGUGUGUGCUUUUGUGCCUGAGGAUCCAUCGCAGGAGCUUCCACACACAUCCAGAGUGGAUCCGACAGGCACAGAUCCGUCUGAGCCAACGGUUCAUGUCUAUGUCAGCCUGAUGCUUCUGGGUUUAGUUUUCAUUUUUCCUCGUCUUCUGCUGGUUCCUCACCUGAUCUGCACAGGUGUAUUUCGUCACAAGCAGAUGCUGCUGGAGUUCAUUCUCAUGCUGUAUAUUAACAUGUUGUUGUGCAUUUUUCAGGAUCCUUUGAAUCUCUUUAUGAUGUGGGAUUGAAACUGAAGUCGAGACGUGGUGUCUUUUAUCAUGUAGGAUUUCGAAACUCUGAUUUCAAACGAGUAUGUUGCCCUUUCUGUAUACCAAUGUUAUAAUCGUUAACGAAAACGAACGGAAAAACGAAAACUAGGUGGGAAAAAACAUUGUCGUUAACUGAAAUAGAAUAAAAACGAGGCAUUACAAAAAAACGAUAACUAACUAAAACUGUAAUGUGUGUUUGGAAAAACUAACUAAAAUAAAAUAAAAUUAUAGAUUAAAUGUCCUUAGUUUUCGUCUUUAUCAAUGUCUUUCAUAGAGCAAAUAACGUUUAGCUGCAUUUCCUUUCCCUGCGUCUCUCACAUACGCACACACACAUACUUGUUUUUGCUACAUUGCGGGGACUCAUGAGUAGGAGGUUACAUGUGGGGACAGCAAUUUCUAAAUACAAUAAAGCCAUAAUUUUAAGUCAGAGGUGUCAGGAGGAAUUUUUUAUUCAAAAAAAUCAUAUUUAUUAUCAAAAAAAUCUUAAGUUUAAAAAGCUUCGUUUUUGUCAGGUUUUUCUAUUCUGGUGGGGACGUCGCUAUUGUGUCUUACCACAAACCACCAUCGGGUGUCACUACUAUGAAUUAUCUAUAGAUGAUCUAUUUUAUAAGAAUUAUAAGAC